CGAUCAAACACCAACCGCUUCACACACUCAAAACAGCAACACCACAAAAAAAACCCUUUCAAAAAUCUCAUCGUAACGCCCUACCUACUUCGCUUCUGCUUCUCUCCAUAUAUAAAUCUUCACUUUCACAUGAUCCUCUAAAUCUGAAAAACAAAACAAAAGAAACUAAGCACUAUGGCCAUGUCUAGAAGAGAAAUGGAUCGAAUCAAAGGCCCGUGGAGCCCGGAAGAAGAUGAGGCCCUGCAGAGGCUGGUGGAGAGGCACGGACCCAGGAACUGGACGUUGAUAAGCAAGUACAUCCCGGGCCGCUCCGGGAAGUCCUGCAGGCUAAGAUGGUGUAACCAACUUUCACCUCAGGUUGAGCACCGGGGCUUCACGCCCGAUGAGGAUGAGACGAUAAUCCGGGCCCAUGCCCGGUUCGGUAACAAGUGGGCUACAAUAGCCCGACUCCUGUCUGGUCGAACCGACAACGCGGUAAAGAAUCACUGGAACUCAACACUCAAGCGCAAGUGCUCAUCCAUGAUGAUCGACGAGCCUGCAACAGGUCCGGCGGACUUUGACGGCGGUUACUACCUACGGCCCGCGAAGAGGUCUGCGAGCGCAGGUGCUACGAUGCCGCUAUCCACCGGACUUCACAUGAGCCCGACGUCGCCGGGAAGCCCGUCGGGAUCCGACGCGAGUGAUUGCAGCGUUCGCGCUGUCUCUCCGUCUAACGUUCUGAGGCCCGUGCCCAGGACCGUUGUUCCUCCGAUCGAAACUGCGUCCUCUUCAGAGGACCCUCCGACGUCGUUGUCGCUGUCUCUGCCUGGCGUAGACGUUGCUGUGGAAGUCUCCAAUCGUGUCACGGAAUCUAUGUCACGUGCCUUUUCUCCGGCGAUGGUGAUGGCUUCGGCGGCGCCUUCAACGGCUGUAACGGCAGCGGAUCCGCUGCCAUUGCCAUCGCCACAACAUCAAGUGGUAGCGCCGUUUAAUUUUAGCGCGGAGCUGAUGGCGGUGAUGCAAGAAAUGAUAAGAAAAGAAGUGAGGAGUUACAUGGAACAGCGCAAUGGGAUGUGUUUUCAGGCUGCUGGUGGGUUUAGGAACGUUUCGGUAAAUCGAGUUGGGAUUAGCAAAGUCAACUCGUGAAUAAGAAGUGGAUAAUAGAAAAGAUUAGCAACUCGGAAAAUGAGCUUCGGAAAUGAAGAGGAAGAGGGAAAAGAAUGAAAAGGAAGCUGUUUCUCUUUUUUUAUUUAGUGUUAGGCCAAUAAUAAUGUUGGUUAAUGUACAGGAGGAUAGGGAGAGGAAAAGUGGUAACGAUAAACUAUAAGCGGGAUGGUUACUUCCUAACAGGUAAAAGGACACCACUGUGGUUAGGGUUGGACGCAUUGCUUUUGUAAGAUGUCUUGUUUGGAGGCUCAUGCCCGUUCUUUUUUGGAAAGGGAAAAAAAGAGAGUGUUAUUAGUAGGAAAUGGCAAAGAGAGAGGGGAUACCUCAACAAAUCUCAAAAUAAGUUUAAUUUAAUUAGUUAUUUGCUCAAGUCCAAA